UCAAUGAAGAUGUUGUUUAUACCUUGUCUUCUAGUCUUGUUCUUUGCAAGUCCACUUCUUUCUGAUCCUUGUCCUCAAGUCUGCAUUUGCGACAAUAUCAAAACUUUUGUAACCUGUGCCAAUAAGAACCUAACAGAGAUACCAUCCACUAUCCCACAGUACACACAGAAACUCAUACUUCAAAAAAAUGAACUAAAGGUAAUUCCUACAGGAGCAUUUCUUUCAACUCCAUACCUAACUCAUCUCAGUCUUCAGAAUUGCAGUAUUGAAACAAUAGAGGAAGGGGCAUUCAGAAGCCUUGGACGUCUAAGGUACCUUAAUCUUGGCUCCAAUCGCAUAAGCUUUAUACACCAGGAGUCCUUUGAUGGACUUUCAUCUCUCGAGCAUCUAAUACUGGAGAAGAAUCGAAUUGAGGAGAUAAAGCCAGGAGCAUUUAGUCAAUUAGGAUUUCUAAACUUUCUGAAUCUCGAAGACAAUUUCUUGGUCUACCUGCCAGAUAUGGUCUUUCAGGGACUGCUGCAGCUUAAAUGGCUGCGUCUUUCAAAAAACAUGAUUAGCAUUGUGUCAACUGAAACAUUUGCAGUGCUUCCAAAUCUGAAAAGGCUAAGUCUAGACCACAAUGAACUGCAGUAUCUACCAUCCGAAGCACUUUCAAGACUGUCUGGUCUUACUAGGCUAGAGCUGGGGUGGAAUCCAAUGACUUUCAUUUUGGAGGAAGCUGUCCAAAUGGCAUCUCUAAAACAGCUCAUCCUCAAUAACAUGGCAUUGCAGGAAGUGUCUUACAAGGCAUUUGAAAAAAGCAAACAACUCUCCUUUAUUGACAUGAGUAACAAUCAGAUCAGAUCGAUUCAACCACUGGCUGGAGUGGAACACCUGAAAAGUCUAAACUUGACAGGAAACACAAUCAUCUGUGAUUGCUUUUUGAGACCCUUUAAAGAAUGGGCUGAUUUAUUAAGAUUAAAAGUUGAUCUAUUUUGCUUUGGUCCUAGACAUUUUCUUGGAGAUCACUUGGAUUCUCUCAGAGCUAUCGAUCUGAAAUGUGGAAAUUUCCCAGAAGAUCUUUCUAAGAUAUUAGUGGUCACAGAAAUACCAGAAAUGGAAAAUGCAUGCCCACAGAGCUGUGAUUGCAAAACUGAUGCCAAACAUGCUAUUUGUGAGAAUAAAUCAUUACAGAAGAUUCCAAAAGGUUUCCAUGUGGACACAACACUCAUUGAUCUACGCAGAAAUUCAUUCAACUCUGUUCCUAAAGGAGCUUUCUUGGAUAUGAAAAAUGUAGCAUCACUGCACCUACAAAACUGUGAGAUUAAUGACAUACAGCCAGGAGCAUUUAUGGGAAUGACAAAUUUGGUUUAUCUCUACUUAUCAUAUAAUAAGAUUUUCUCAUUAAAUGCAGAAAUCUUUCAAGGGGCUACAAAAAUUGGCUAUCUUUUCCUUGACCACAACAGGUUUACUAAUAUUCCAAAAGAAGUAUUUAGGCUUCUUCCAAACCUCUUUUCACUGCAUAUGCAGUAUAACUCAAUUAACUCACUGUCUAGCAACAAUUUGGCUGGGGCACAAAAGCUUCACUGGUUAUAUCUAACAGGAAAUAAAAUUAACUCUAUUGCACCAACAGCUUUUCGAAAUGUGAAAGAUCUAGAAAAACUCUAUCUUGAUAACAAUAUACUAUCAGAGGUACCAACCCAAGCUCUUAAAGGAAUGCAUAAAUUAAUAGAGUUAAGGUUGUCCAAGAAUUCCAUCAACAGCAUUGGAAAUGGUGCAUUCUUGACAGUAUCUCAGUCAAUGCAGCAUCUAUAUCUGAACGACAUGAGACUGCAACAGAUUUCUAGUGGUGCAUUUUCAGGCCUUGGCAAAAAUAUGAAGAGUCUUUAUCUGGAAAACAACAACCUGAAGAAUCUUCCUAGCAUGAAAAACUUCAAUAGACUUGAAGUAAUUAACCUGGCUAACAAUCCAUUUAACUGUGACUGCCAAUUGGUCCAUCUCCAUAGGUGGAUCAGCACUCUGAAUCUAAGGGUGGGGGCCACCUGUGCAACUCCUAAGAAUCUAAAAGGCCAUAAUGUCAGAAAUGCAAAAUUCAUUUUCUGUCCUGGAGGGGACAGUAAUAAAAACAGGAAUAAGAGAAAGAUAUCUACUAUCUCCAUCAGUAAGAAGAAUAAAGCCAGGAAACAGGAAUGAUGACAAAUUUAAAAGGUUGUGUCAAUUUAAGAAAAAA